AUGAUCAGUGUUUGGAAAGACCUGAGGUAUCUCCCAACUGCUGUUCUCGUCCGUAUGCAACGUCUUGCCGAUGGUAUUCUUGUUCCUCCUGGGUAUGCCGUUUUAUUAACAAAGAUCGAAUCUGGUUUCCCAUAUAUGAAGGCAGACGAGUGGCGAUCAUGGUGUCUGAUUUAUUCAUUGGUGGUACUAAAAGACGCUUUGCCUGAAGACGACUACAAAAACUGGACUCUCUUUGUAAAAGCAUGCCAAAAGUUGACCAGUCCUUCAGUCACAUAUUCAGAAAUUGACAGCGCACAUCAGCUCCUUGGAGAAUUCGGAAAAGAGUGUGAGACUCUUUAUGGAGAGAGCAGCAUCACGCCAAAUAUGCACUUGCAUAUGCACUUGCGUGAGUCAAUGCUUAACUUUGAUCUGGUAUACGCAUUCUGGCUGUAUAGCUUCGAGAGAUACAACGGCAAGUUGAAGAACAUCAAGACGAACCGUCGCAAUGGUCUUGAGGUCACCUUCAUGAGAGUCUUCCUGGAGAAAGCAUUCAUUGGUAGCUUUCUUCGAGCGUAUUCUACCAAUCUUUCAUCACCACUGAUAGAGUUCCUUGAGGGGGUUGCCCAAGUAAAAUCAAAUUCCGACAGCUCUUCUCCCUUGAAUUUGGAUGCUGGCCACCCUCCUGCGUUGCCAUUUAGCUUAGCAAUGUUCCAGCAAGCUGCUACAAAUCCAUGGUACAAUGUCACCGGAAGUGAGGCCUUGCCCCCGACCACAUUGCCAAUCAAGUUGCAGCCUUUGACUAUGAUGAAGGAUGAUCACUAUCAGUGGUUAUUUGAAUUCUAUGUCAAGGCUUACCAGAGUACAAGUGUUUCCUUCUGUGUGGUAGGGAGAAUCCCAAUUGAUGAGAAUGUAUUUGUGAACAAUCGGAUUCAAAAGGUGAAGAAGAUUUUGUUGCUGGGGCAAGAGUACUGCAGUGGUGAAAAGAAGAAGCGCGGGUCUUUUGUGAGGGUAUUGUUUCUUGAGAGAACAAAUGACGAUGUAUCUGAAUUCCCUGGUCAAAUAGAGUAUUUAUUUACUCAUACCAUCAAGAUCAGUGGAGUCAAAAGAGUGUCAACGUUCACAUUCAUUAAAUGGUUUCCCGCCUACCAUUCAAGUAGUCAUCAGCCAUUAGCUGAUCAAGGUCUGCAGUUGUGGGACAAGGGAUUUAUGGAAGAAGAUGCUUCGUGCAUUGUUCCAGUGCAUCGUCUGCAUUCGUGCUUUGCGUUGACUACGCAUAAAAUGCAGAGUGGGAUGCAAAAGCACCUGGUUAUUCCACUGCCUAGAAAAGUAGUCACAUAA